UCAAACUGUGCUUUUCGUUUAGUAUUUUCUAUAAAGAUUCACAACUUAGAAGCCUCGAUAAAGUGAUGAAGUGAGAUUGCUGUUCAGAAAUACUCGUGUUCUUUUUAGGAAUAGCUGCAUCCGGAGGAGUUGGAAUUGGGAUCGUCCUUAUUUUAAUGCUUUCCUUCAGGAAGAAACCAAUUAUCAGAAAAAUUAUGGCUUUGAUAAAUCUGAGGACCUAAUAGAAUUUGAUGUUUCUAUCUUUCUGCAACAGUUUGCUAGUUAUCAAUUGGGUGUUCAUGAUUGAAGAAGCUUGAACAUGAGCAGCCCACUUGAUUUUUUUCAUUGGAACGACUUCUAAUCAAGCCUAUGGGUCCGCUUAGAAGCCAAAGGAGUUGAGACAUGUCCGGAGUAUACUGCCCAUUCAAUACGCAGAAAGUUUUAUGUGUCUCCACCUCUGAUACCACAUAGUUGAUCAUUCUGCAGAGUGUUUGCUACUUCUAAACCAGCUAUUUUUUUUUCUGUCUUCCUGUUCAUCCCCUGAUAGCUCUAGAAUUCAGGCCUUUAGCUAAUGUCUAUACUUGUUAGUCAAUCAGGCACAGAUCCAUUUGCAUGUGUAUGCAAUUUCUCUGGUAAGAUGUCACUAAUUGAUCCAAGAAAGUUCAAGAAAAAAAUCAAGCCAAACUGGUGAAUUUGUAAUCUUUUCACUCGAUCGUGGUGUUUUUUCUUUCUUGAAACUGAACAAUCUAUUACCUCAUGAUGUGCCCGGACUUUAUAUAUCUCAGACACUUUGAAGUUAUCAGUUUGCAAUUCGUUGACACAUUUUCCAUUCUUGAUGACUACUGUCUCAGGAAAACAAAAUAUUGGACUGAAAAUCGGAAUAGGAAUGGCUGCAGCAGGAGCUGGAAUUGGGAUUGCCCUUAUUUUAAUGCUUUCCUUCAGGAAGAAGCCAGUGAUCAGAAUGAUUAUGGCUUUGAUUAAGCAUAGGAGCGAACAUUUCGAUGGCGAAAUGAAAAUUGAGGGACUCGUCUCUUCGAGAAGAUACACCUACAAAGACAUCAAGAGGAUGACUAACUCUUUUGAAGAAAAGCUCGGCCAGGGAGGCUAUGGCUGCGUGUACAAAGGCAAGGUUCAAGAUGGUCAACUUGUGGCGGUGAAGCUUCUGAAGAAACUGAAAGGCGAUGCCAAAGAAUUUUUCAAUGAAGUCGCGAGCAUAAGCAGGACUUCUCAUGUCAAUGUUGUAAGCCUCCUGGGGUUCUGUUUUGAAGGAAGCAAAAGAGCUUUGGUUUAUGAGUUCAUGCCCAAUGGAUCGCUUGAAAAAUUUAUAUUCAAUAGGAGUAACACUUCGGAGGUAGAUCAACAAUUGAGUUGGGACAUAUUGUACCAGAUUUCGCUCGGCAUUGCUCACGGGCUAGAGUACUUGCAUAGAGGUUGCAAAACGAGGAUUUUGCACUUUGACAUAAAGCCCCACAACAUUCUCCUCGACGAAAACUAUUGUCCCAAGAUUUCCGAUUUUGGUCUUGCCAAAAUAUGUCCAAGACAAGAGAGCAUCGUGUCGAUGUUAGGUGCCCGGGGCACCCCUGGAUACAUUGCUCCGGAGUUGAUCAUAAGGAAUAUCGGAGGGGUUUCUCAUAAAUCAGAUGUCUAUAGUUAUGGUAUGAUGGUUCUAGAGAUGGUCAGCAGGAGGAAAAACAUUGAAGUCACUGUGGAUCAUACGAGCGAAAUAUACUACCCUCAUUGGGUCCACCGACGACUAGAGCUCGGAGAAGAGCUUGGGCUGCAUGGGAUCACAAAUGAGGAGGACAAAGGAAUCGCGAAGAAGAUGAUUGUAAUAAGCUUAUGGUGCAUUCAGAUUGAUCCAAGAGCUCGACCAUCUAUGACCCAAGUUGUGGAGAUGCUAAAAGGAAGUGUUGAGGCCUUGCAAAUUCCUCCCAAACCGACCCUAUCAUCUCCCUCAAGAUCACUCGCGGCUUGUCCAUGUGAAAGUUCGUCUUUGCAAGAGAGUAAUGACUUGAAUUUGGGUUUUUCAAUAUCAAUUAUAUCGGAGCGACAUAGUUUGUAAUAGAGUAUUU